AAAUAACUAGAUAUAUUGGUCUGCAUCAAGGGCUGGUUAAUAAUAUCAUUUCUGCUUUUUCAAAGAUUACACUACGUAAUUACACCCAAUUUUCAUGGUUUCGUUUACUCGAAUAUAAAUAUUUACUUAAAUAUAAAUAAUUUCAAAUCCAUAAACAUUAAAUAAUAUUUUAUAGAAAUUUGAAGCUUUGCUCAGCGGCGAUAUCAUCAUCAUUGAAGUUUAUCCGAGGUUUGUUGAAAAAGCUAAUUCAGUAAGUAAGAAGAGUUAUCGAACCUGGAGUCACGGAAAACGAGUAUUUCAGCGACUGUUGUCCCUUCUCGGUGUUAUGAAAUUAUGCGCCCCAAACGAUCAUCACUGAGCAGUCUCACCAAAGAAGCUAGGAGGGCAAGAGAAAAACGUCAAAGGGAAACCACAGAAGAAAGGCAAUUAAGAUUACAAAAUCAUAGGCAAAGACAAUUGGUUCGUCGGCAGACAGAAACAGUGGAACAAAGGCAGGCAAGAUUAGAAGCUAAGAAACAGAGGACAAGAGCUUAUCGUGCAACUCUCAAGAUAAAAAUGAUACAGGAAAAAAAGAACAAAAUACAGCACCUUGAGGAGCAACACUUGAAGAAGCAACACCAGAAUCAAAUGUUAAGAAAUCAACAAUCACAUGACAGAUGGCAAAUGGACAGUGCUUUAUCAUCUCCAAAGACUUCAAAAUGUGUACAUCCAACUAAAAUGCCAGUCCAGCAAGAUUCAAGUUUAGCACAAGCAUCGCAAAAUAUUACAAAGCCAGCUCAGGUGUUGACUUCACCAUUUCAAAUAACUCCAUCCAAAUCAAAGCUGGUGAAAGAUCCAAAUCAAACAACUGUAUCUAAAUCAAUAAUUAGAAAAACAGAUUUACCGAAACAAAAAUUGCUAGUUACUAGUCAUCACCGUUAUGUGAUGUCUAACCUAGCAUCUAUGUGGAGAAGUAGAAAAUUAUGUGAUGCUAGUAUUAGCAAUGGCUCAUCUACUGUGAUGGUCCAUAAAAUAGUUUUGUCUGCUGUAUCUCCAAAACUGUUCUCAGUAAUUAGUACAUACAUCUCUUCUCAGUUUUAUGAAGUGAAAUUUCCUGAAGUAAGCACAGAAACUUUAAUGGCUUUUGUUGAAUACAUAUAUACUGGACUAUUAGAUCUUGAUCUUAAUAUUUUACAACAGCUAAAAGUCAUUGCAAAACAAUUAGACAUGAAAGACUUACAAAAUAUGUGUGAUGCUCAUCUUCUGAGUGGAGCACGUCAGCAAAUUGCUUCAACAGUCACUGCGUUUGAUGAUAGCAGGCAGAUGCCAUCUGAUGUUUCAGCUGUUCCUACUGAGGAUAUUAAGCGGGAGGUUUCUCAAAAUGAAUUAGCAGAACUUAAAGAAGAUACAGUUAGAUUCUUUGAGCAAAAGAUUGAGGCUGCAUCUCCGGACACUAAGGAUAGCAACUCUCCAUUUGGUUCUGUUAUUCUUCCCACUGUAAAAAUCGAGCCUGUAGGGCCUGAUGACGACGAAUAUGGUCAAAUGAAUAAAAGAGCUUCAACAUCUAGUUCAGUUUCAGAUAGUUCUCAGACUCUGAACACUACCUUGAAUUCUAUAGCUGUGUCCACUACAGAUUUUAGCUUACCAUUUUCAGAUGCCACAAAUAGCAAAGCAACAAUAAAUAAGAUAUAUGGAACAUCACCCAAAUUAAAAUCUAAUGUAUUUGAAAGUUCUCCAGUUUCUGACUUAUCUCCUGUGUCAUAUAGUGAAGAAAAACUGUGUUCUCAAUCUAGACUCUUAAGAGAAGACUCUUCUAAUCCGCUAACUCGAACUGUAGCAACUCAGUCAAUUGACAACAAUGUGACUUGUGUUAGCAGUGAAAGUGUCUAUCCUGUAGGACUUUUUACAGCAGAAGGGGACAGAUUACCAUUAUCAUCAACACAAGUUACCAAUGUCAAAAAUACAGGUUUAUAUAAAACAGAUGGUUUUACUUGAUAUCAGAAAUAGUUUUCAGUACACACAUACACAUACAGACUGAUAAAUUGAGCUUUAAUUUUGUAAUAAAUAAUCUUUGAAAUA